CUUUUUAUGUGUGAAUCCACUGAAUGAAACGAAGGCAUGUUGUUGUAAGAAGUCAAUGCGAUUUGCGUUCAGUGUGUAGUGACGUGCCGCUGUAUUUCACUUUAUAUUCAGAUCGUUCAGCUUAGACAUUCUUUUUGAGUUCGUCGUGUCGGCAUUAAUAUAAUUAAUGUGUUUUCGUUUAGUUUAGCACAAAUAUUUUUCAACUACGAAACGUGAUACGAAAUAAAUACCAGCAAUAAUCGAAAGAAUAUCAUCGAACAAUUUGCUAAUAAAAUCCAUUCCAUAAUAAAUAAUGAGCACUCCCGCCGCCGUAGUUCCAGUUGCUCUUAAAAAGGGCAUUGUUAAACAGGUAUUAUCAGGCGAUAGCGUGAUAAUUCGAGGUUACCCAAAAGGUGGUCCACCACCAGAGAAACAAAUCACUUUCUCGAAUGUUUAUGCACCAAAACUUGCUCGUCGUCCAGCUGGAGCAAACGAUGAAUCAAAAGACGAACCAUGGGCUUGGGAAGCACGUGAAUUUUUGCGCUCUAAAUUGAUUGGCGAAGAGGUAUACUUCUAUAGUGAACGCCCACCAAACGCUAACCGCGACUAUGGUGUGAUUUACUUGGGAAGUGAUUCAUCCACCGCUACAAAUGUAACGGAACUUUUGGUGCAAGAGGGUUUGGUAUCGGUACGCAAAGAUAAUGCUCGUACACCAUCACCGGAAUUGCAACGAUUGCUCGAUUUCGAAGAAGCUGCUAAAGCAGCUGGCAAGAAUAAAUGGGGCAGUCAAUCGUCAGCCGAUCAUGUUCGUAAUAUCAAAUGGACACAAGAAAACCAACGAAACUUUGUCGAUCAAUUGGCUGGAAAGCCAGUUAACGCAAUCAUCGAACACGUUCGAGAUGGUUCAACCGUGCGCGCAUUCUUGGUACCACACCCAGAUUACCAUAGCUUAGUCCCAGACUUCCAAUACAUAACGUUGAUGAUUUCCGGCAUCAGAUGUCCGGGAUUUAAAUUGGAUGCUGAGGGUAAACCCGACCACAGCGUCGUUGUUGAUUACGCUGAAGAGGCAAGAUACUUUGUCGAAUCACGCUUGUUGCAACGUGAAGUUAAAAUUGUCUUGGAAUCGGUUAACAAUACCAACUUUGUGGGUUCGAUUCUCUUCCCCAAGGGAAAUAUCGCCGAAGCCCUCUUGCGCGAAGGUUUUGCCAAAUGCGUCGACUGGAGCAUGGCUUUUAUGAGAUCAGGCGCCGAUAAACUUCGAGCUGCCGAGCGUCAGGCGAAAGAAAAGAGAUUGAGAUUGUGGAAAGAAUAUCAAUCGAAUGCUCAGAAUUUCACCGGCAAAGAGAAAGACUUCACUGGCACUGUUGUUGAAGUUUACAAUGGUGAUGCCGUCAGUGUGAAAACACAAAGUGGCGCUAUCAAAAAAGUAUUUUUCUCUAGCAUUCGCCCACCACGAGAAGCUGGCCGUGCUGCCGAUGAUGAAGGUAAACUUCCACCAAGACCGAAAAACUUCCGUCCAAUCUACGACAUCCCAUUCAUGUAUGAAUGCCGCGAAUUCCUGCGCAAAAAGUUGAUUGGAAAGAAAAUUCAAUGCAACCUCGACUAUAUUUCACCUGCACGCGACAACUUCCCAGAGAAAUACUGCUAUACCGUUUCAAUCGGAGGACAAAAUAUUGCUGAAUUGUUGGUUGGAAAGGGUUUGGCAACUGUUGUUCGAUACCGUCAAGAUGAUGACCAACGUUCAUCACGUUACGAUGAACUCUUGACUGCCGAAGCUCAAGCCAUUAAAUCUAAUAAGGGAGUGCACGGCAAGAAAGACGCAACCCCAAUGCGCAUCAACGAUUUGACCGUUGAUCAUUCACGCAUCAGACAACAAUAUUUACCGUCAUGGCAACGUGCCCUCCGUACCGAAGCCAUUGUUGAGUUUAUUGCCAGUGGAUCCCGCUUCCGUUUGUUUUUGCCAAAGGACAGUUGCUUGGUUACAUUUUUGCUUGCCGGCAUCUCUUGUCCACGUUCAUCAAGACCCGCCGUCGGUGGCGCACCAGCCCAAGAAGGUGAACCAUUCGGUGACGAGGCUCUUAGCUUUGUUCGUGAAAAAAUCCUGCAACGAGAUGUUAGUGUGCACAUUGACACCACUGACAAGGCUGCCACCAGCGUCAUUGGUUGGCUUUGGACCGACAACAAUAUCAACCUGUCUGUUGCGUUAGUAGAAGAAGGUUUGGCCACUGUUCACUUCAGCGCCGAAAAAACCGAAUACUACCGUGCAUUGAAAACGGCCGAAGACAGCGCCAAAGCUGCCAAGAAGAAGAUUUGGGCAAACUACGUUGAAGAAGUUAAGGAAGAAGAAGUGAAAGAAGAGGAUAAGGAUGAAAAAGUUGGCGAGCGUAAAGUCAAUCAUGAGAAGGUUGUUGUGACCGAAGUUACACCUGAACUCCACUUCUUUGCACAACAUACCGAUCAAGGUGCCAAAUUGGAAACGCUCAUGUCCAAGCUUCGCAAAGAGUUCCAAGAAUCGCCCCCACUUUCUGGCGCAUUCACUCCAAAACGCAACGAUCUGUGUGCCGCUCAAUUCUCUGAAGACAACGAAUGGUACCGGGCCAAGGUUGAAAAGGUCCAAGGUCAAAAUGCCACCAUCCUAUAUGUUGACUACGGCAACAAAGAGACCGUUCCAACGUCUCGUCUAGCUUCGCUUCCACCCGCCUUCAUCAGUGACAAGCCAUAUGCUCAUUAUUAUGGUUUAGCACUUUGCCUUCUCCCGCCCGAAGAAGAUGACAAAAUCGAAGCAGCCAAGAACUUCGCUCAAGAUGCUCUCAACCGCGAUCUAUUACUUAACGUUGAAUACAAGAUAAAUGGUCAGCCAUUUGCAUCACUUACAGACCCCGCAGCAACAAACGCUGAUAUUGGCAAGGCUUUGGUUGCCGACGGAAUUCUUUUAGUGGAGAAACGUCGUGAACGCAAACUCGCCAAAUUGGUCGAGGAAUAUGUUGCUGCUGAAGCAUUGGCCCGAAAAGAUCACUUGGGUGUGUGGGAAUAUGGUGACAUUACGGAAGAUCCAAAAGAGUUCGGACGCAAUUAAGCAAUUCUUUCACUCAAACUCAAAACUUAAGAAGCAAACACCCUGCGUGCAUUAUUGAAACAAGUAAAAAACAACAACAACCACAACCACAACCAUCGGCCACUCAUUUUAUUGGGAACAUAAAGGAAUUUGAAUACGAAAGACAGAAGCGAGACACCAAGAGCAAAAUUAAAGGAAACUAUUUAUCACAUUGAAUCAGUUUUUAUAUAUAUGAAUGUAUUGUAAUUUUUUAUGUAUUUGGUAAUAAUGAACGGAAUGGAAGAAUAACGGGCAACAACGAUAUUGUCACUAUUAAGAAUAAACAGAAAAAAAAAAAUAAA